AUGAGCCAGCUAAGGGAAGAGAAAAGUGAAAAAAUGCGGUAUUCAGCACUGCACAGUUGCCUCUGGGUCAUGUUUCUCUUACUUUUUCAUGCACUAAAUGUGGACGGCAAUUCAAAAGGCGCAAUCCAAGGCGCAAAGUGGAAACCGCUAUGCACGCUAACCGCGGAUGCAAACAAAGUGUAUAACCGUGCACUCAAGCUCCAAAUAUUAAUUACGGACUACACCAAAGCGGCAACAAAGUUGGCUGUAGAAGCAGUCGCAGCGGCACAAAAGAUGCAAAACGCAGAGGCACACGCAGCAGCAAUAGGACUUGUGGCUGAGAUAAGAGAGCAGCUGAAAAGCAAACAACCAGAAAUCGCCAGGUGCUACAAAGUGGCCGUAGAAACACCGGCCUUCAUAGGCUACACGCACGGACGGAUUGCUGAAUUCUUAGAAAUAAUGGGACACAACAGAGGAGCAUCGAACUACGGGUACCUCGCACAACUAAGCUCACCGACGUCGCCAGCAACCGACGCAGCCACUGCACAACUAUCGAGCUGCAAAAUCAAGCCGCACGACAUAACGGAAGGACCCGAAGAGACAGAAGUGCUAACAAAGAAAGGCUUUGUCGGCAUGGACCAUGGCACGGGCCUCGUCGACGGUGUUCUAACAAGCAGCUGCAACGAACACUGCGUCCUUACGUCAGCCACUGCAACCGCCUUAAACUCAGACACAGGACCGCAGGAAGACAUUCCGUUCACCAAUGGAUAUAUCCUUAAACACCAAACAAACACUGCACGGUCAAGUCAACUCAUAAAUUCUCUGUCAAAGCAGGCCAAAGGGCUGCCAAACAAGGGACAAAAUCAACAAUAUGUGAGGCUGUGGGACAAGUACGUCCAGCUCGAGGGAUGCGAGACGAGCUUCAAGGCAGGGUUUUCCAAGCCCGAAGCACAAACGCUCAAACAGUCAGUAGCAGUAUUAACAGCCCUGAAAAACAUAAUCGACAACGAAAGCGGCGAGUAUGACCUGAGCAAAGACGGCGAACAAAUCAAGACAGUGGCUGAGAAAUUGUUCAAACACGGCGAGGACAACUACCCAGAAAAGCUAUACAAGGAAGCACAAGCAAAGACGUUGAGAAAAACACUGAUGGCGGGCAACACAGCAACGAGCCUGACGAACCUGGAAACCCCAAUAGACUUGCAAAUCGCACAAAUGUACUAUACACAACGCAAGAUCGAUGGUUUUAUCGCAAAACUAAAGGAAGCUGAGGAACAGCUUUCCAAGGAUAAACUGGGUGAUUAUGGAGCAGCCGCAGCAGAACAUGCCUGCAAUAAACUAGAUGGUGAACAAAAAUGCAAUACUGAUAAAAAAUGCAGUUACGAAACGGCAAGUGAUGGGACAAACAAGUGUACAUAUAAUGCAAGCAAAGCAAAAGCAAACAACGUCCCUGUAGCACCAACUCAAACAGAAUCAGCUAAAAAAACAACAAAGAAAUGCAAAGGGAAGAAAAAGGAUGACUGCAAAUCUCCGGAUUGUAAGUGGGAGGGUGAAACUUGCAAGGAUUUCAGUUUUCUCGUCAAUACGAAAUCGACUCUGAUGGCUGCAACUUUUCUGUCUUUUUUUAAAAUUUUUCACCCUCUAUUUCCUUGCUGA